CUAUUAGGCCCAUUUUAGCUUAGCAUGAGAGGGAAACUGGAAAAAAAAGAAAAACAAAAAAAGCCCACGAGUCCAACUCAGCCCAACACAUUAAGUUUAACCUAACCAGCUGCCUCUCCUCUCUCUCCUAGGCUCUCAGCCGUUCUCCUCUCAGCCGUCGCCGUCGCUCUCCUCUCCUCCACACUGCUCUCCUCUCUCCUCCGAGCCGCAGCUCUUCUCUCUCCCUCUCCCCUGCGCGCCGCCACUGCGGGCAUCUACACCGCUGCCGCUCCUCUCUUCUCCGAGCCGCAGCUCUUCUCUCUCCUUCUCCCCUGCGCGCCGCCGCUGCGUGGCCCUACACGCCACCGCUACGGGUGCCCUACGCGCCGCCGUCACUGCUCCAGCUCUCCUCUGUUUCCCAGCCAAUGCCGCCGCUCUAACUCCCCAAGGCAUCGCCCCGACGACGGCUCAACGACGCCCCGUCGACGCCUCGCGGACGCCCUGCGCCGCAGCGGGCGCUUUACGCUCCAUGGCAAGGCGCGUUAGAUGCCUCAGGUUCCACGCGCGCCUUAGCCCCUAAGCGACGCUAAGGCGGCGCUUCAAGGACGCCUUGAUAAGCAUGAUUGGGAGGUUAUCUAUGCUUAUAGCUUUUGCUCUGGGGUGAAAACAUGGAUUACGACUUUGGUGGCACCUCACCCGAUCCCUAUGGGGGUGGAAGCAUCCACCUAGUGUGUGAUCAUUGCGGUACCAGUGACAACUACACCACUGACGACGCUGAUGAUGGCCAAUUCACGUGCCGUACAUGCUCUGCCGUGCACACUACACAGGCAACUGCUGCUGAUCCUCAUGACUUCCCCGCCACUGGCAACAUCUCUGUCCGUCGUGUUGCCACCCAGCCCACCCCCAAGCUUGGUGCCCGCACACCCGCGCCUUACCUGAGGACCCCUCAGGCUGCUCCCGUGCCUGCUACUGCCGCUUUUGAUGACUUCACAGAGCUGAGUGAGCCGCGGGACUUUGUGUCUGGAUCUGGCACGUGUGGGGAGCCUGAGGAUCUGGCAGUGCAGGUCCGCUGGCGCUAUGUACGGGGUCUCCAGGUGAUCCUGCAGCGGCAGCUGGAGGUGCUGGUGGAGCGGCACCAGGUAGGCGCGUUUGUGUGUGCUGUUGCCGGCAUUGUCUGGGUGCGGUGGGUUGCUGCAUCCAGGGUGUUUGAUGGAAUCUGGGCCCGCCAGGUGCUUGAGGACCACAAGGCCGUGGGGAGACAGAAGUGUUAUGAUGACAAGAAACCUGAUGAGAUGAAGUAUGAAUGGGAUGAUGAUAUGUCGCUCCAACGAAAAGACAGGCACAAGCUGGAGUUUGCCUUUUUGCGUUCGUUGAGGAUGAUGCUGCCGGUUUACUCAACAUUGGCUGUUUGUUUCUUGGCCUGUCAUAUUGCCCGUGAAGCCAUCUUGCCAAGUGACAUUUACAGGUGGGCAAUGGAGGGGAAUAUCCCAUAUGUGGCUGCUUUUACUGAAGUAGACAGGUUCCUUGGGAGCUCUUUCCAAGACUGCCCUUUGGAUGCAAGGCAGCUGUUCAGGCCGGUGCGAGUUAUCGGAGCAUGGCAACUGGAAGCUGCAGCUGGAUCCAUAGCACAAAGAGUAGCCUUGAGGCUUCCUUCAGUUAACUUCUAUGCAAUUGCUCAACGUUGUUUGAAGGACUUGUUACUGCCUAUAGAUAGAAUCCUCCCCCACGCAUGCCAAAUUUAUGAGUGGGCAAUGCCUGCAGAAUUAUGGUUGUCUAGUAAUCCUGCUAGAGUCCCAACACGGGUUUGUGUGAUGGCUAUCCUAAUUGUGGCCCUACGACUUCUUUAUAACAUCAACGGUCAAGGGAUAUGGGAGAAGAUUUGUGAGGAAGGAAGAAACCCAAGUGAAUCUCACUAUGAUGCAAAUUCAUCUACUUCCAGGAAGCUUGAGGCUAGUAACAGUGAGGAGUUUGGCACAAGAGAACUGUUGUGUGCUAUUUCAGUUGCCUAUGAUAAAAUCAAUACGUCACAUGACUACUCGAGUGAUCUCCGCUCUUAUCUCAAAUACUGCAAGGAAGUUGUUUUUGCUGGAAUUACAUCUUCAGAUGAACAGACUCAUCUAAUAGAGAUCUUUUGGGAUAUGUACAAAGCCAGGGAGGAUGAUAAUAUAGAAGAUCAUGUAAAAUCCCAGUCCCAUUCUAUGGCAGACAUUCCAAUUACAAAUGGAGUGAGGAAACACUACCGAGAUGGAGCUUUUGUUAAAGCAAGUUCCUUUUCUGCAUCUUCAGGUCAUGAUGCAAUGCAAAUGCUCAAGUCAGAGAUGCAAGAUCAUGGAUUUCAUUAUAUGCCACCUAGGAAACCAAGGAAAUCAGAUGGUUAUCUUCGUUAUAGGCGGCGGCGGCUAAGUGGUGGCUUUAUUUUUGUUGCACAUGCUGAUUAUUACUUGUUGCUACGUGCUUUUGCAAAGCUUGCAGAAAUUGAUAUUCGUAUCAUGCAUAUUAGUGUGUUGAAACUUGAGAAGAGACUCGCAUGUAUUGAGGAGCGAAUUGAAAGAAGCUUGAACACCUUACAUAACUUUUCUACUGGAACAGUAGAUGAGCUAAGAUCUGUAUCUGACUGAAGUUCCUAGUGUAGUCUCAUACUCUGCUAGCAUGGAAUACCCCCUCCAUUCCUUCUGGAAAAAAACAUGUGGUGCCAUUGCGUAACUGUGGUUUUGAAGAAUAUACGUAGCUUGAUACCUCAGGAAUUGAGGGCUUCUUUCUGUGGCCUCUUGGCAUUGGUAAGCAACCUGAGCACAAGGACAGGGCAGGAUGUGGGUCUGUAUUUGCUGAAGCAAUAUGUACCAAGAAUUAUGCCCCCCUUCUUUAGAACGGACAUAAUUAUAUCAGGGUCCUAAUCAGUACUGUGGUAGAUUCAGCAACAGUUCCAGUAGUAGACCUCAGUGCUUGGCAGCAAUGGCACUGGGGAUCUGCAAUCAUGAGGCAGUUUCAGUUUGGGAACUGGAGUGGCAAGAGGAAAAAGGCUGGAACCUGGGCUUUUUAAAGAGGCUAAUCAGUACUGUGGUGGAUUCAGCAACAGUUCCAGUAGUAGACCUCACUGCGCGGCAGCAAUGGCACUAAGGGAUCUGGGUUCUGCAAUCAUGCGGCAGUUUCAGUUUGGGAACUGGAGUGGCAAGAGGAAAAAGCAUGGAAUUUAGGCUUUUUAAAGAAAUGCUAUCAGUAUUGUGGUCGAUUCAGCAACAGUUCCAGUAGUGGAUUCAGCAACAGUUCAAGGUUAGUACAAUUGGUCUUGUCAAAGCUGCCGACAGAACUAAAAAGAUAUCCAGCAUAGUGUAAUGCAUCUUGAUGUACUGCCGACAUUUAUUUCGUUCCAGCUUCUGCAGCAAGAGCUGAUCGUUUCAAAGGUGACGAGAAAUUGGUCGUACUAGAGAUGUACUGUCUAUUCGCUGUAUUUGCAAGUUUAAACCAAUUAUUCGAACUACUGCAGCUGUAAUCCAGAGACAAUAUAAUAUAGAAAAAAUAGAAGUCGGUGGUUAAAGCCGUAACAAACAUGCUAACAAACAUGCUAGUAGGCUUCAAUUGUUAAGGGCUUCUUUGUUUCAGCUUUUUUGAUGAACUUUUAUGAGAAUCUAACUAUGGUGAAAAUCUGAGUA